AUGACUGAGAGUUAUGAGUCUGCUUGGUAUGGCACUUUCAAACUUUCGCCCGAUGAACCAUACCCGACACCCGACUCAGAGUUGUAUCCCCCGGAGAUAUAUACCACUUACGACCCGAACUGGAGAGAGUUUAUCGGCACACAACUGGUACAAAUCGUCGAGGAGUUCUCUGAUCUACUGGGUGACUCCUUGGUGUCGCAGAUCGAGGACAGCCUUGAAAUUGCAGCUGUGGGAUCUAUGCGACGCAAUGGGUCCUAUCCGGAGGGUGACAAUCUGACACCUGGGUACUCCAACCCUGCCAUCAUGCGCGCGUGGUUUGUUUCUUGGAUUGGCGAGCGGCGGGAUAAUCAGACUUUCAUUGAUUAUGCCAACGAGCAAGGAGACCUUGUACUCGAGCUUUUCGAAUCCACAGGUUCCAACGUUCUCUCCGAGUAUAACGCACCGACCUACUAUGGAAUGGAUACAUGGGCUCUGGCAGGCGCCCUCAAAUACGGCCCCAAGAAUUCCACCAUGACGAAGAAUUCUCAGUUUAUGCUGAAGGAACUGUGGGCAGAUAUAGCUGCUCAUUAUAACCCAUACCUCGGCAACAUGGUGGGACCGUACGACCGGGCCUACACACGAGAUAUCGUCUCCAACUCCGCUGUGAUUGAUUACUUCUGGUGGGGUCUUUUCGGGUACGGCGUGGGACCUCAGCCCAACAAACUGGAAGCAGACCUGUUGUUCGAUGUUGCACAAGGCGCAGCACUGGCUCUCGUUAUGGAUGUUGUGGCGGAGAAUAUCUCGGAAGACGAUUUGACUUGGCUUGGAUCGAAGGAUUCGUGGGACGGGGAGCGAAUGAUCACCAAGAAGGUCCCCGAUGGUCUUGGUGCCGACGCUGAUGUGCGAGUCACCACCUCAUGGAUCACUGCUUCUUUGAUGAUUGGUGCCCAGCAGGUGGCGGAGACUGUGAAUCGAGGGAAGCAAUAUGUGCCUGCUAUUGUCCAGUGGGCUGGUGACAAGACUCGUGGACCCCGCCCAUACAUGGCCUUGUUCAGUCUGUAUCCUACAGCAUCGACCAUUGAUGCUAUUGCCGGGCCUAACAGCCUUGAGGUAUCUUAUCCCAACAGAACCCAAGAGGGAACCGAUAUCUUUACGUUUGUCCUUGCACAGCUGCCGCCAAGUUGGACACUGAUCGAAAAGAAGGUUGUUCGUGGACUGGAAGAUCUGCCAUGUCUCAAUUUGAGUAUUGAUGCCGAGGGACUGGAGAAGCAACCCGUCUUGUAUGGUGCAACGGUGGGAGAUAAUCGUGUUUACAACAUAUCCUAUGUUGUCCCGUCUUCAUUCAGCGGAGUUCCGAAGAUAUCGUUCGAGUUUGAUUAUACUUGUUGA